AUGGAUCGCCGAAGAUUCAACUUUCAACGAAGUAACGAGGUAGCAGCCGUAUUUUCAACCACUGCCGAUGGAGAGAUUCCGGAAUCAGAAGCUUACACCAGAUAUCGUAUGGCUAUCCGCGAAAACGAUCACGGAAAUGUCAUUCUUCUGGGAAGGCUUCUCUUUCAACAGUGGGCAGUAGAUAAUUAUGUGAAAGUCGAAAAGGAUCGCAUACAAUUUAUAAAACAAAAUCAAGCAAAAAUACGUGCUGAAACUUACUCCGGAUUAGUAGAUUAUCUAGAUACUACUGCACACGCUGCAGAUGCACGGGUCGGAAAAAUAGUCAUCUUACCCUCCACAUUUAGUGGUUCACCGCGAAAUAUGAUGCAACACUACCAGGAUGCCAUGGGAAUUGUACGAAAAUUCGGAAAACCGGAUCUCUUUAUUACGAUGACUUGCAAUCCAAAUUGGCGCGAGAUAAAGGAAAACCUUCUUCCUGGUCAACAACCAUCUGACAGACCAGAUCUCUCAGCUCGUGUUUUCGAUAUGAAGAAAAAACAUUUACUCGAUUUAAUCGUUCGAAAAAAAUUCUUUGGGGAAUCAAACGCAUUCGUGUAUACAAUUGAGUCACAGAAGCGUGGUCUGUUGCAUAUUCAUCUAUUGGUGACAUUAAAGAACAAAUUAUCGACGCCAGAACAGGUCAACGGAUGCAUCUCUGCUGAAAUUCCUGAUCCAGAUGUAAAUCCUGAUUUGCAUCGAAUUGUUAUGGGCAAUAUGAUCCAUGGACCUUGUGGCGCAUGGUGCGAAGUGAACGGAAAAUGCUCCAAACACUUUCCAAAACCAUUUCGAAAUGAAACUACGAUGGAUGCGGACGCUUAUCCAUACUAUCGUCGAAGAGAUACUGGAGAUACGAACGUCGUGGAGGACACGUCGUCGACAAUCGAUGGGUCCAUCACAGCUCCAAAGUACUUGUACAAAUACAUUUUCAAAGGACAUGAUGCAGCUGCUAUUCAGAUAACAAACAGAGAAGACGGAGAAAAUGAAGAACGCGUUAUUAAUCACGAUGAAAUUACAGAUCACGUUGAAGCUCGUUACGUAGGACCGAACGAAGCAAUUUGGCGUAUUUUUGAUAAGAAAAUGCAAGAGAAAAGCCAUCCAGUAAUACGCCUUCCGGUACAUUUACCUAACAAGCAUAAUAUAACAAUUCCGGUAGAUAUGAACAAUGACGGAAUAAGAAAUGCUAUGAGUCAGAUAGGUAUGCUGAACGAUUAUUUCGCGUUAAAUUUUCGCGAUGAAUUUGCGAGACAGUUUAUAUAUCCAGACAUUCCAUCAUAUUAUGUGUUUAAAAGAUCAAAAGUCGAUGGACAAACAGUUUGUAGGUGGGAAAAGCAACAACGUAGACAUGAUGCAUUCGGACGAAUGUAUUCGGUUAAAGGAGCCAAGAGUUUUGAUGAUUUGAGGACUAUUAAUGGCCAAGUUUGCGAAACUUUUAUCGCAACAUGUUUAGCUCUAGGUUUGAUCGAAGACGACGACGAGUGGAAGAAAGUAUUGGAAGAAGCUGCUAUUUGGAUGAUGCCUGGAUUACUCCGAAGACUAUUUGUAAGAAUACUGGUUCACUGUCAACCAAUAUAUCCGGAAAAACUUUGGGAAGAAUUCAAAGAAAAAUUGUCAGAGGAUUAUGCGAGACACAUAUUGGGAUGUAACGAGCUCAAAGAAAGACGUAUUCCCAAAUCGCUCGGAUGCUUAUAA